ACACGUAAAAAAUCAUCUCAAGGACAUUCCGCACCCAGAAGAAAUGACCGAAAACGACGAGCUUUAUUAUCUCUUUUCUAUUCAUGAUUUUAAUCGUGACGGAUACUUGGAUGGCAACGAAUUGCGAAAUGCAUUCAGCGAUUUUGAAGAAGGGAACUCAUCGGCGGAUGGUCCACACACGAAGCUGGAAGAGAUUACAGAGAUGAUUGAUCAUGUGCUUUUGGAGGAUGAUAUGAAUAAUGAGUAA